CAUCGCUACAUUCCUCUGAGCCCAACGAAAAGCGAAAACGUGUGCAAUUUCAGCUCAAACGAGGAAGCAGAUCACACGGAGGGCGACAACUCGUUCACUUUUACAAUUCCAGUCGACGUCAGAAAUCAACUCUCCCUCAACGGGCGAUCAAACCCUGAACAGAUCGACUUCUCGACAAGGAACAAAACUCCUUCUGAUGUUUUCGACGACAACGAGAUCGGCCCAGUUGUCAGUCAUCUUUAUCAGGUGUCGAACCGAGGUCCGUCAGAGAUCGAAGCCGCCACGCUCGACAUCUUCUGGCCGUCGUUCUCGGCUGACGGCGGUCAUCUCCUCUACAUUAUCACCGACCCGGUCUUAAAUGACCCCUCUAAAGGGCGGUGCCGUGUGAAACAAAUACAGAAUAUCAACCCACUCAAUCUGCGGAUAACCAAUGAGCACCUUUCUACUGAAGCUCCUCACACAAUACAGUCAGGUGAUUACGGUAAAACCGAAGAAGAGGAAGAAGACGAAGACGAGACCGAAGAGCAUAUGGAGAGGGAGGAAGAAACAAAGGUCUGA